AUGGAAGUGAAGAAAUGGAAAUCAAGAAGAGUUAUGAAAAUAUGCUGUGUGGUCGCCACAUUGCUUCUGUUAAUCUUUCUUCUUAUUUCUGUCAUCUUAUUCUUCACAGUGUUUAAACCAAAAAACCCUAAGGUAACGACACACCCCACGAGCCUAAAGAAUGUUGAAUUCCAGUUGCACCCUAACGUUAGCAUAAAUGCAACAAUAGUGUUGAAUGUGACAAUCAGCAAUCGCAAUCAUGGGAGCUUCAAGUUUCAAAACUCUAUCGCAUAUGUUGAUUAUAGAGGCACUCUAAUAGCUGAGAUUCCUAUUGAACAUGCCAAGAUUCCAGCUCAUGGUAACUUCACCAUUACGGCUUAUGCUAAUGUAACUACAGAAAAAAUGGUAACAGAUCCAAAUUUCUAUAAUGAUAUCGAUUCAGGUUAUUUUAACUUUACGUCCACAGCGAUUUUGUAUGGGGAAGUAAGUGUUUUUAAGAUCAUAAAAAAAGGAGCAAAGGUGACGAACGUUUGUAACAUUAUUGUUGCACUUUUGACAAGAAAAGUUGAGUCAAAAUGCCAUGCUAAAGUCAAAAUGUAA